GUGUGUAAAGGCGUGUUUACAAACGAGUAAAAACGACGAUAUCGGCGAUCACCACCGGACUCGGGUCUAUAAUGGCAGCCAGCGAUUCUGCGGGCGAUGAUUCCUUGUAUCCCAUUGCUGUUUUAAUCGACGAGCUCAAAAAUGAAGAUGUCCAGCUUCGCCUCAACUCAAUCAAAAAACUGUCCACAAUUGCUCUUGCUUUGGGGGUAGAACGUACAAGAACAGAGCUGAUCCCAUUUUUGACAGAAACAAUUUAUGACGAGGAUGAAGUUCUAUUAGCUUUAGCUGAACAACUGGGCACUUUCAUAACUUUAGUAGGUGGUCCAGAAUUUGCAUACUGUUUGCUACCACCACUAGAAAGUUUAGCAACAGUAGAAGAAACCGUUGUUAGAGACAAAGCUGUAGAAUCUCUUCGAGCUGUUGCUCAGCAACAUAGCCCUGCUGACUUGGAACAACACUUUGUACCAUUGGUUCAGAGACUAGCUGCUGGGGAUUGGUUCACAACUAGGACAUCAGCUUGUGGAUUAUUUUCAGUAUGUUAUCCUAGAGUAUCAGCAGUAGUAAAAGGAGAAUUGAGAUCUCACUUUAGGGCACUAUGUCAAGAUGACACCCCGAUGGUUAGAAGAGCUGCUGCUACUAAGUUGGGCGAGUUGGCACAGGUUGUUGAAUUGGAAUAUUUGAAAUCAGACCUAAUACCCAUGUUUGUUAAUUUAGCACAAGAUGAACAGGAUUCAGUGAGAUUGUUGGCAGUGGAAGCCUGUGUUAGUAUUGCCACACUUUUACAGCAAGAAGAUGUGGAUCAACUAGUUAUGCCUACACUUAGACAAUGCACUGGCGAUACAUCGUGGAGAGUAAGAUACAUGGUAGCAGAUAAAUUCACAGAACUACAGAAAGCAGUUGGACCCGAAAUCACAAGAACUGACUUGGUUAACGCCUUUCAGAGCUUAUUAAAAGAUACGGAAGCAGAAGUAAGAGCUGCUGCUGCAAACAAAGUUAAAGACUUUUGUCAAAACUUAGACAAAACACACCAAGAAAACAUUAUAAUGACAAAUAUAUUGCCCUGCGUUAAAGAAUUGGUAGCUGACCCAAAUCAACAUGUCAAAUCGGCUCUGGCCUCAGUCAUUAUGGGUCUUAGUCCCAUCCUUGGUAGACACAAUACCAUCGAGCAUUUAUUGCCUCUAUUCCUGACUCAACUGAAAGAUGAAUGUCCAGAAGUCAGGCUAAAUAUAAUUUCAAAUCUGGAUUGUGUCAAUGAGGUCAUAGGCAUCCAACAACUCUCCCAAUCCCUCCUCCCGGCCAUAGUAGAACUAGCUGAAGACUCCAAAUGGCGCGUAAGGUCCGCCAUCAUAGAAUAUAUGCCUUUGUUGGCUGGCCAACUAGGUAGGGAGUUCUUCGAUGAAAAGCUUAACGCUUUGUGCAUGACGUGGCUGAUGGAUCACGUGUUUGCUAUCAGAGAAGCAGCCACAUUGAAUUUAAAAAAACUCGUCGAUCAAUUUGGAGCUGAAUGGGCAGAAAGUACGAUUAUACCGAAGGUGUUGGCAAUGUCUAGGGAUCAGAAUUAUCUAUAUAGAAUGACAUGUUUGUUCUGCAUAAAUGUAUUGGCUGAAUCCUGUGGUAGUGACAUAACCACCAAAUUGCUCCUUCCCACUGUGCUCAGCAUGGCAAAUGACAAAGUGGCCAAUGUCCGUUUCAACGUCGCCAAAACGCUGCAACGGAUAGCGCCUCAACUCGACCAGGCUGUUAUACAACCUCAAGUGAAACCCGUGCUGGACAAGCUCAAUGUCGACAAUGACGUAGAUGUCAAAUAUUCGGCGUCUGAAGCGAUCAUGGGCAUUGCUGUCCAAACGAGACUUCACAAGUCAAGAUUGUAAAUAAACAUUGAAGAAGAUUUAAAAGAAUUCACAAAGCAUGCAAGAACUUAUUUAUCUUAAUUAAAAUUGUCCAG